GAUAAACCUGUAGAGGGUAGACCACCUCUCUCUCUCUCUCUCUCGCUCUCUCUCUCUUGCUCGCGUCGAUGGCGACCUCUUCUCUUCUCAGUCGUCCACAACUCAGAGGACUUCCUCCUCCUCUACGAAAACAGAAGAUUUUCAGCAAUUCAGAAUGGUUGAAGAGCCCAACCAAAAGAAGCCAGCACCAUGUCUCAAGCAUUCAAUGUGGGACAUACUGUUUCCUAGGGAAUGUAGCAAGAGGAGUUGUCAAGAGUUCACCUUUGGAUGCAGUCAUUCUACAUGAACAAUUUGAGGUCUCUGCAAGUGUAGAAGAUUUCUAUAAUAUAGCAAAGAUACAAUACAACAUCUUGGAGAACAUGGUGCUGGCAGACCUGGACCCAUCAUCUGCAAAGUUGUUAAUUGGGAUCCUGGGUCCCAUUCUCCCUGCAUUUAGCUUUCUGUUCAUCCUCCGAAUAGUUAUGUCAUGGUACCCCAAGCUUCCUGUGGGAAAAUUCCCUUAUGUUAUAGCUUAUGCUCCUACAGAACCACUUCUUGUACAAACACGUAAGUUGAUUCCACCCCUUGGAGGAGUAGACGUAACCCCUGUGGUCUGGUUUGGAUUGAUAAGUUUCCUGAAUGAAAUAUUGGUAGGCCCACAAGGGCUUCUUGUACUUCUUUCUCAACAGGUUUAGCUGUUGACAAAAAAUUUGCAUGGGAAUGAUAGAAAUGUAAAUACUGAGAUGAAAUUUUGUAUUCACUUCUCAUUGAAUUUGAUGACUCAGUACAACAUAGUAACUUCUCAUCAUUUCUACAUUGUUUCAA